AUGGUUCACAAUCAUGAGGUGGAGGUUCCGAGUUCCACAAAACUUGACAGUUUUCCUAAUUCCCCCAUGUACUACGUUCGAAGCGACCUGACUGCAGAAUUUAUCGCCGUCUUCUCGUCGCUUACCUUCUCUACGUUCCAGGAGUUAAAAGAGAGGUUGCAAACUUUUAACGAGGUAAGUUACAGGGUUUUCUACUUCCUCUACCGCUCAAUACUCUUUUUACCUCUGUGCAGUGUACGGGAAGCCGAUACAGAGUAACCCGUUCUAGACUCUGGCCAGCUGGACGUCGCGAAUUCCAUACUCUGCGUUACCAAGAGGUAUUCUACGGUUGUGCAACCAGGAGUCUUUCGUAAGUAGUCUUUUGGUGAUUCGAGAGGAACGACCUUUCAUUUGUCCCUUAGAUCCUCACCCGAAACAGUCAGAUGUCGAUCCCGGAUUCGAAUUGCUUCUGCAUCUGGAUCGCUGCACGUCAUUAAGUACAAUCUCCGUCACAAUCACAAGGUGAAAUUAGAAGACCUGCACAACGUGUACGAUACCGUGAGAGGCAGGCCGUCGCAGUUUCAGGAACAUCAGGUUGCCCAUAGAUGUCAUCAGUGGCCUAAAGAAUCUAUUGAACCUGAAGAGAGAGGAGAACAGCCACCUGUUGUGAAGCUAGAAAGCUUUGCGUCAACAAGCAUCUUACGCGAGGAUGACACUUGUGUGGAAAAGUUUGAAAGAUUGCCCGGUAAGUGGUCAGGUACCUACAUAGUUCACUUCCCAUUCCUUUGGGGAGUGGUUUCUUGAAAUGGUGGCAAAUUUCGAUAAUCAUAAAUGUCGAUCUUUUCAGGAAACAAGCUAGUAUGGAACCUGAACAAAGUGUGAGGGUCUUAACCCACGCUGUCACUGGUAGUCGUUUUGUCGAAAAAUAUCAGCUCAAACAGAGCCUAGUUAUAAAAGCGGAUGCAGUCGCCUCAGCUGAGCAAAUUUGGACGCCCGCAAAUGCUAAUGCACACUGUCUGCUUCCCAACAAUACAUAUCUGCUGCGAUAUGUUACUCUUCGACUCUGAAGACCGGGGUGGGUUACGCCGGUCACAGAUCCCAAAACCGUCGUUGUCAACUUUCAUCUGGUGAAACUUCGGUCUUCGUAAGUGCGCUGACGCUUAACUGCAGCCAGUUCACCGUGUGCGCCGUCACUUGCUGUUGUUGAUGUACCUCUAGCUCUCUUCAUUUUGAAAUUCGUCUGAGAGGUUGACCCGACCGGGAUGUCUUUAACGUUUUGAAGAGCCAUAUCACCGGAUACGUCUCCACUGACGUUCAGUCAGGGCGUGUGGAUCAAAUUCAGCACAUUUUAGCGACACUCAAGCGUUUAGCAGUACGUGACUUAGUUCACAUCGGGUUUCUGUGUAGGUCCACAACCUUUUUCCCGUGAGCCUUCCGCGUGUUUCUGCCCGAAAUGUUAUUUUUGAGGCCAGAGUACACGCAUAUGAAGCCCACUUACACUGCCAAACUCGGACAAAAGCAGACAAUUGAAUCCAUAAAAAGUAACCUGAGAGAGGCUAGUUAGACUUUCGUAAAAACUGCCCGGAAGGUCAUACGAGAUGUCCCUUACGUAUUUUGAUUUCGUAGGACUACCUGCGCACAGAUCAACUAGUGGAAGGUAAGCUCUAAGAUGAUGUGGUGCGCAAGACUCGACGAAAUGUUUAUGUGCAUUGAAAGCGCCGAGACUUCCUUAAGGAAAACUGACCAUGCCUUGUUGACUGUCCGGUCAUAAGGCCUUGUGACCGCUCGCACUUUUCUGCAACACGAUCCGCUUGGUUUUGGGGAUAUGGCUUGAAUAAUGUAUGCAUUUAAUAGUUAGAAUGGAGAGCAGUCAACAUGUGGUGAGGCGCCUUCAGAACAGGUAGGGAGAGAGAGGUCCCACAUGCUUACUGCAAGGUCAUAGUAGGUCAUUACUAUAUACAAUGGGUCAGCCCAUAUGCAGGCCAGCCCGGAAUUUGUGCCAUACAUGCUACUUGUGGCAGUUUAAGGAGAAGUUCUAUCUGUAAAGUUGAGUGAGACAAAAUUUUGGCAAUAUAGUGUACCCCGUCAAACUUCAAGGACCCUCACGAAAGGAAGUAGGUUUCUACAUUUGGUGGACACCAUUGUUUUCGCCGCAAAUUGUCGUUGCGAGCGUUUCUAACUUUGAUAUCGGUAACGUGGUACUCGACCACAACUGGCAUUCUACUCGGAGAGAUUCCCCACCUUUUUUGAAAGGUUUCCAUCCAGUUUUAUCGACAUAUUAAAGUGUUUGCUGAUAAUCUGCUUUCCGUGAGGUAGAUGACUAAACCGAGUCACAAUUCUAAACUUUCGAUGAGCCAAACCUUCUACGGUGAGGCAUAGCGGUAAUGCGUGAUGGUUAGCGUUGACUACUUGCCACAUCUCCUAAGACCAACACAAGGCCAAGCGCUUGGCUUUUUAAAAUCCGGAAUGAAGCAGUACAUUAUGGAGUAAAUCGGAAGUAGUAUGUCAGGGAGCAACUUAAUUUACGGCAUGCAGAUGCCUAAUUACUGUUAUAAUCCUGUUUAUCAGGGGUGUACGCCGAAAAGUCGUCUGCUCAUAGCUUUUUAGGAUUGACACCCUUGCCAGAGUCCCCUGUAUUUGACAAUCUUAUAUUUCAAUAAACAUUUUGAUGACUCACUCUGCAUUUGCACUGGGAAGAUGUUGCCACACAAAUAACUCGCGUACAUUGCGGGAUUUUGCCGCAAUGCCGGACGAGGCGAGAUGGAGAGCAGUAGAGCUAAAAGCCCGGUUUUCCAGGUUCCAAAACACUUUUGGAGUAUGGUACCAUCUGGGUUAAUCCAUUUAUGCACAAAACGUUACCAUGGAACUCUGUACGCGCUUAUCCCACACCCAAAGGCUGUCCAGCAAACAUACUGCUGUCUACUUUUGGAGAAUAAGGGGGAAGGGAUUUAAAGCCUUGUUUUUGGAAAAUACUGUGCGAACACAAUAAGGUUACAAUAUUUUGCAAUAAACCUUCUGAAACAACACCGGCUGCCUCGUCGAAUGUUUUUGAAGAUUUCUCAUUCGAGAGGCAAGGGCGAGAAGCACACGUUUAUUGUGGAAAUUUAAAACUGGAAAAAUGUAAGAGUUCAGUUCGGGGAAAGAGUCACUUAAUCAGUUUGAUGUCCCACGCAGUAAAGUGUAGCAGCUUACGCCUUUAGCGGGCUUGGGCAGUAGGGAGUGUGAGACUUGAUGAACUACCUCAGAAGAAUUGUUAACUCACUGUAUAGGACAGUAUAUGAGCACCAGCUUCCAGCUUGGAGCAAAUCAAAUUGAGAAGUUUGUGCCUCACAUAACUAUCAACCUACGCGAGAAGUUCACCUCGAACAACCCUUUUGUCACACUCCCCCACUAGUGAAUGCGCCUGAAAGUAAGCAGCCAUUCAUUCCCUCCUCAGAGUGAAACGCAGUUUCGCGAUUUUCUCUUUACGGCAGUAAAAUUGGACACAUCCGGUCGGGAAGGUAAUGUGAAAAAAUCAACUAUCAGCUACUGAGUGCAGUAAUCGGUCUGAACAUCGACGUUUCGCCGUUAUUUUCGGAGCAGGGUGCUAAUGAUGCUACUAGAUAAGGCCACCUCACCUUCCUUUAUGGGAAACAAAUGACAAUAUACUUAGUCAACCCACGUAUGGAUGCUGUAGACCAGGUAAAAGUAAGCAAUCGCUGCCUCUGGUUGCCCGCGCAAGGUAGGGGAGUAGGCAGUUGUUUGCAGUGGCGCGCAAAUAAUCUACCUGAUUCAGCGAAUGGCUGAAUACCAAAGGUGCCGAAUGCCCUCUUUUGGACACUUAGUCCGACGAAUUUCGGCGUGACCCUUGGACUGAUCACGUACAGAGAUUUUUCAUAUACUGAAAAACGUCUCACAAAAUGAAUUAUCUGUGGCAAGACUUCGAUUUUUGCUUUUUAUUUUUCAUCAAAAAUCGACCGGGCUACUUUUUCAUGUUAAAUUAUAAUCUUCAUCUUGUUUUAGAGAGGGCAGUUUGAAAACCUGUUAGAAUUUUAAACACCUGAAAGAAAAUAAACGGGUUUCCGUCGAUUUUAAAAAGGCGAAGCGGUUCACGAGAUAUGCGCUAGCGCCAUAAGUAAUUGAGGCGGUUGGCUUGAAGAUGCGUCGGAAUAUCUUAAACAUUUAUCCGGAGACAGUUGGGAGGGAUGUCUUAUAAGCAAACAGGCUGCAAAACGUAAAACAAAUCACUUUCCGACGUAAGUAUGAUAAAUUCUCAACAGGUAAUGCUUAGCGUGUUCGGUAAUAAUGCCUUGUUUUCACUCAUGGAGGAUAACUCGGCUAAGGCACGCACCCCACGCUCUCCCGUUAAUUAUCGGCCACUGGUCCUCACAUUUGCCCCCUGCAACGGGCCAAGUGGAAGUUACACUGGAUCAGAACGAAACCCAGAUGAGGGUCCGGCACGCGUUGUUUGGCUGCUCACCCUUAACAAAUGCCAUACUUGGGGGUGUGGUGGCACGCCUAGACGCAGACCCAUGCCGCGCCGGCCACCUGCGCCCCGUCCCGCCCUCCGUCGUCCUAACUGUCUUGACGUCGGGCUCCGGUGGGCGAGGGGGGGGGUGAGAAUGCAACCGACACCGCAUAAGCAUACUAACACCAUAAAAUAGUUCACGCACAAGUCGCCGGGCCUACGCCCAUCCUGCUGUGGACCACGGUGGACGUCAUCAGUAGCGGCGGUCGAACUGUCGGCUCUCACAUCCAGCCGAUCAACUGCCGCACCAGGCCUCGAAAGGCUUGUUUUGCGUACACACGGUACCCAGUAUAAUACUGCCAGAGAAGGUACCACGAGGUGGUAUUUCAAGGCACUUUAAGUUGCCGUCUCCGUCUUUUAGUUUACACCCACGCCUAGAUAUCUGCGUGAACUGUGUCGCUAAUAAGCAGUCUUGAGCAAACACGACACCGAUAUCCUUACAUACCCGCGGUUUUUGUUUAUGUAACUCGUGAAAUGGCUGCGCAUGCUUGGAGUUUUGUUUGACAAAAGUGAUGAGAGAAAGAACUAAUCACGGUGUUUGGCAUAUUCACCCAUAUACUCUGACGUUACUAGGGUAGGUAUACGAUUAAACGGGGACCAGCGGACGACCUAAGACACAAAAAGUCUUUAGAAGGACUGGCGUAUCUACCCGCUUGCGUGUGUUUAUUUCGUUUCAGAAAAGACCGUGAGUACUGGUCCCCUGGCGCCUGCCGAAACAUCUCCCGUGAGUUUCACAGAAGGCUUCUCGGCGGCGAAGGCGAUGGAAGCAGCACCUAGUGAGGACCUCAUGUCAACUGCAUCCCUCUCUAUCCACCAAAGGAUCUCUGAGAUUGCGUCAAGAUUGCUUGAAAUGAAAGAACUCGCCCUAAUUUGUGAUGCUGCUACCUUUCGCAGUCGUCUCAGUCAGAUGACCGCAAUAAUUGAAAAGUGGCGCCAGCAAGGCCAGGAAAAUGGCUUCAUGGACGAGAUACCUCUAGUCUUUUUCGUACGAAACCCUGUUGUCCUGAAGGCAACAAAAGCAGCCGAACGGCAGAAGUGA